GAUCAAUGGAGGUGGACGGAUGCUUGUUGUUGGGAGAUUGAUCGGAAUUAAGGAGAGGCAGAGAGAGCUGCUCGCAUCGUCUUCCACUCCAAGAAUCACUCUCUUACGACAGAAGAAAGUAUUUUUAGAGAGAGUUGCAUGAGCUGAUCGAAAGAGAGAAUGGCCUUGUUCGAUCGGAACCAGAGGCAGCGGUCGUCGUGCUGCUCGACGGCGACCUUCGUCGUAUUCGUGGCGCUCUGCCUCCUCGGACUGUGGAUGAUGUCCUCGACGGAGACCGUCCCUGCGGCCAUUUCGGCGUCGUCGGAGAAGGUCAAGCCUGACGUCAAGGAGGAGGACAGCUCCAUCGACGCCACCAAUACCGUCAAGCAGGACAGCGCAAAUGUCGUCGCAGAGACGACGACAGCCGCCGCCGAGAGCGUGGAGGUCGUCGAGAACCCCGAGAACCCCGCCGCCGACGCAAAGGGCGACGGCGGGAAGGCAUCGUCCAAGAACCAGUCGUUUGACGAUGAGAACGGCAAGACGGAGACCGGGGAGCUCGUGAAGCCGGAGGCCGGGGAGACGGAUGGCUCCGCGGCCCAGGGGAAGAGCGUCGAGGAGGAAGCCACGGCGGCGAUCGACGAGAGGAAGACCGGCGUCGGUCAGGAUAAGAACGCUGAGCAGAUGCCGAUUGACACGAAUGAGGCGGUCAGCCAGGACAAGAACGCCGAGGAGACGGUAGCGGCGACUGGCGCGAAGGAGAGCAGCACCGUGGUUGGCGGCGGCGGGAUCAAGAACCAGACGUUCGACGACGAGAACGGCAAGAUGGACGGCGUAGACCUGGUGAAAGACGACGGCAACAAGACGCUUCUCUCGGAAGAGAGUGCCAAGGCCGAAGGAGCCGCGUUGACGGUGAAGCCAUUGGCAGAGGUGGCGGCGGCGGCGACCGCCUCUGAGAACAAGGAGGAAGAGGCAGUGUCUGCAACUGACACCACCACCACCACGGCAACCACGUCCACGACUGUUUCCGAAGAAGAGAAGAAGCAGGACGGCGACGAGCAGAAGCUGCCGGCAGCGGAGGCGCUGCCGAACGUUCAGGCUGAGCUGCUGACAGAGCGCGCGGCGCAGAACGGGUCGUUCACGACACAGGCGGCGGAGUCCACCAAGGAGAAGGAGACGCGCGCCGAGAAGAAGAAGAAGGGCAAGCAUGGAAAGAAGAAGGUGGCCGAGGACGCCGGAGCGGGGACGGCGUUCGUGUGGAAGCUGUGCAACUCGAGCGCCGGCGCGGACUAUAUCCCGUGCCUGGACAAUGAGGCGGCCAUCAAGAAGCUCCGGACGACGAGUCACUACGAGCACCGGGAGCGGCACUGCCCCGCUGAGGCGCCGACGUGCCUGGUCCCGGCGCCGGUGGCGUACCGUGAGCCGAUCCGGUGGCCGCACAGCCGAGACAAGAUCUGGUACCACAACGUGCCGCACACGAAGCUGGCGGCGUACAAGGGGCACCAGAACUGGGUGAAGGUGUCCGGCGAGCACCUGAUGUUCCCCGGCGGCGGCACGCAGUUCAAGCACGGCGCUCUGCACUACAUCGACCUGAUCCAGGAGGCGCUUCCCGAGGUUGCGUGGGGGCGGCGCAGCCGCUUGGUGCUCGACGUCGGCUGCGGCGUGGCCAGCUUCGGCGGGUACCUGUUCGACCGCGACGCGCUCACCAUGUCGCUGGCGCCCAAGGACGAGCACGAGGCGCAGGUGCAGUUCGCGUUGGAGCGCGGCAUCCCGGGCAUCUCCGCUGUGAUGGGCACCCUCCGCCUCCCCUUCCCGGCGAACGUCUUCGACGUCGUCCACUGCGCGCGCUGCCGCGUACCAUGGCACAUCGAAGGCGGCAUGCUCCUCCUCGAGCUGAACCGCCUGCUCCGCCCCGGUGGCUUCUUCGUCUGGUCCGCCACGCCCGUCUACCAGAAGCUUCCGGAAGAUGUCGAGAUCUGGGACGAGAUGGUGAAGCUGACGAAGGCGAUGUGCUGGGAGAUGGUGACUAAGACCAAGGACACCAUCGACCUGACCGGCCUCGUCAUCUUCCGCAAGCCGGAGAGCAACGGCUGCUACGAGAAGAGGGGGCAGAAGGAGCCGGCGUUGUGCGAGCCCUCCGACGAUCCCAACGCAGCAUGGAACAUUACUUUGCGGGCGUGCAUGCACCGGGUGCCCGAGGACCCGUCGGUGCGGGGAUCGCGGUGGCCGGAGCUGUGGCCGGAGAGGCUGGGCAAGGCUCCCUACUGGCUGGACAGCAGCCAGGUGGGCGUGUACGGCAAGCGGGCCCCUGACGACUUCGUGGCGGACCUCGAGCACUGGAAGAAGGUGCUCCGGAGCUCGUACCUCAGCGGCAUGGGCAUCGACUGGAAGACCGUUAGGAACGUCAUGGACAUGAGAGCCGUCUAUGGAGGGUUCGCGGCGGCUCUGCGGGAGAUGAAGGUCUGGGUGAUGAACGUGGUGACGAUCGACUCGCCGGACACACUGCCGGUGAUCUACGAGCGCGGGCUGUUCGGGAUCUACCACGACUGGUGCGAGUCCUUCAGCACCUACCCGAGGUCCUACGACCUCCUCCACGCCGACCACCUCUUCUCCAAGCUCAAGCCCAGGUGCAAGGUGCUGCCGGUGAUCGUGGAGGUGGACAGGAUCCUGAGGCCGAACGGCAAGUUCAUCGUGCGGGACGACAAGGAGACGGUGGACGACAUCCAGAGCGUGGUGAGGUCACUGCAGUGGGAGGUCAGGAUGAUCGUCUCCAAGCGCAACGAGGCGAUGCUCUGCGCGAGGAAGACGACAUGGCGGCCCACGGAAGUCGAGACCAGAUAACCUUGCCGUAGUCGUCGUUUCGGAGCAAGUACAGGGUGAUCUACACUCCACUUGUGCUGCAGCAUUGCGAUAACUGAGUGAGCUACAUGAUGGAGAUAUUGUUGUAGCUAGGUUUUGUAA